UCGGUUCCGCAUCGGACACGAAUGUUGGCUACACUCGCUGUGGGAUGGAGUUUCGUUGACAAACACACCGUCAAAGUGCGUCCGUUAUUCAACCUGUAGCGAUUUUGGCUGACAAAACGACGAUAUAUAGUAGCCGAGCACCAUGGCGGACACCAUCAUCAUCAGGGUACAGUCCCCAGAUGGCAUGAAGAAAAUCCCUUCGACCAAGCGGGAGACUGCUGCUGCCUUUUUAAAGAAGGUGGCCAAAGAGUUUGGCUUCAACUCCAACCGCUUCUCGCUUUAUCUGAACCGCAACAAAACGGGAGAGAUCCUCUCCCAGAACAAAAGCCUCAGCCUACUGAAGAUCAAGCACGGCGACAUGCUCUUCUUGUUCCCCUCGGGUUCGCCUUCCUCCUCCUCCUCCGGCGGGGAGGUGAUGGACACCGCCGCCCCGCACUCGUCCUCGACGUCGUCAUUGCCGUCCACCUCGUUCUCGUCCUCGUCGUCCGCUUCCUCGUCCUUCCUGACGCCCCGCCCGCAGUCGGCGCCGCAGAUCCAGGAGGACAACAUCGACCAGUAUCUGACCAAGCAAGACGGCAAGAUCUACAGAAACCGAGACGCGCAGCUAUGUCGCCAUGGCGCCCUGGGGAAAUGUGUGCACUGUGUACCGUUAGAGCCUUUCGAUGAAGACUACCUGAACCACUUGGACCCGCCCGUCAAGCACAUGUCCUUCCACGCGUAUCUGCGCAAGCUGACCAGAGGAUCCGACAAGGGGAAGUUUGCCGCCCUGGAGAACAUCAGCUGUAAAAUCAAGUCUGGCUGUGAGGGCCACCCUCCCUGGCCGGAGGGCAUCUGCACCAAGUGCCAGCCCAGCGCCCUCACACUCAACAGACAGAAAUACCGACAUGUGGACAACAUCAUGUUUGAGAACCACACCAUUGCCGACCGCUUCCUGGACUUCUGGCGCAAGACCGGCAGCCAGAGGGUGGGAUACCUGUACGGCAGGUACACAGAGCACAAGGACAUCCCGCUGGGGAUCCGAGCCGAAGUGGCCGCCAUCUACGAGCCCCCCCAGAACGCGACUCAGAACAGUCUGGAACUGCUAGAGGACCCCAAAGCCGCAGCGGUGGACGAGAUCGCCGCCAAACUUGGUCUUCGUAAGGUGGGCUGGAUUUUCUCCGACCUGCUGUCCGAGGACACCAGGAUAGGGACCGUCCGCUUCACCAGAAACCAGGAUUCUCACUUCCUGAGUGCGGAGGAGUGCAUCACGGCGGGCUUCUUCCAAAAUCAACAUUCGAACGCCUGCAAACUCUCUCGCGACGGACUCUUCGGCUCCAAGUUUGUGACGGUGGUCGCGACAGGUGGUCCGGACAACCAAGUGCACUUUGAGGGCUACCAGGUGUCCAAUCAGUGCAUGGCCCUGGUGAGGGACGAGUGCCUGCUGCCCUGCAAGGACGCCCCCGAGCUGGGCUACGCUAAAGAGUCCGGUCCCGAGCAGUACGUCCCGGACGUCUUCUUCAAGGACAAAGACAAGUUUGGAAACGACGUCACCUUCCUGGCACGGCCUCUUCCCGUGGAGUAUCUCAUCAUAGAUAUCACCACAACAUUCCCAAAGGACCCCCAGUUCACCUUCAGCUCCGCUCAGCGCUUCCCCAUCGAGAACCGAGAAAUCUUCGGAGAGACGCAAAACUUCCACAGCUUAGCCGCGUAUUUGUCACUGUGCGCCUCCACGUCAUUCCUGGACAUCGUGUCCGACUUCCAUCUGCUCCUCUUCCUGGUCACCAACGAGGUCAUGCCUCUGAGGGACAGCAUCGGGCUGCUGCUGGACGCCGUCAAGACGUCCGACGAGGAUCUGGCGGACGCGUGGAAGAAGUCGGAGCAGUGGGCCACCAUCGAGCAGCUGUGCGGCACGGUCGGGGGGCAGCCGUCGGGCCCGGCGGGAUUCGACGGCACGGCCGACCCGUCGGCACCGCCGUCCUCCUCCGCCGUGUGGUCGUGCGUGCACUGCACCUUCAUGAAUCAGCCCGGUACCGAGCACUGUGAAAUGUGCAGGCUGCCCCGCAGUUAAAGAACCCCGCCCUCGAGCUGCCUCGCGCUCAUGGCGUCCUUUCCUGAGGGAGGGGGGUCCAGCAGCCCCCCCAUCAUACACCCCCUUUACUCUCGAUUAAAAGAUGAUCAGUCCUUCUACCGUCAGUAUUGAGCGCCUCCUGCUCGGAUGGUUUGGACUUGAAUGUGAUUGGACGGCAGUCGUCUCCCUCUUCUUCAUCUUCACUCAACUGGUGUCCGCCGCUUCCUCGCCUGACUUUGUUUUUUGCAACAAAACAAAAACACGUGAUUACGGAAUCCGAAAGACCGCAGAUACAAAUUUUAUUUGUUCCCUGAUUUCAAAUUGCCUCCAAAUAAAAUAAUGCAAAUGCCCUUAAUCUGUUCCAGCCCCCCCCCCCCAAAGAAAAAAAACAUUAAAAAUAAAAAUAAAAAAGUAUGUGUUUUUGGACAAAAUAUCUUACUCAGCCACGUGGUAGCGCAUCAAAACACACAUUCAUAACAUUUUCUCUCCACGUGACCUGGACCGCCAUUGUCCUUCCACUGCAAGGAAACUCGAGGGACGGCUUGACUCUGGAAAAACUCGCAAGUCGAGGCACUCCGAUCUCGAGGCGCCACUGGGCAGUGAUUCUGGAAUAAUGGAUGAUUCCAAAUUCCUGAAUUGCCAUCCAGGUCCACUACCUAAAAAUCCAUGUAUCGUGAUUUGAUCUUAUUUUCUGUGUCACACUUUACGAGUCUCGCUCGCAAUCUCAAUUUAUCAAGUGUCAACAACGCCUUAUGUAUUUUGUUCUCGCAGUUUACAAAUUCGCACUCGGCCCUUUCGUAUGUCGACGGCACAGUUUAGCAAGUCGCACCCGUGCCGUUUGCGUGCACGCAAGAAAUGACUAAAUUGCACUCACGAGAUGAAGCCACCUGUACGACUCAGGAAAUUACGCUUGUGAGAUUUGUCCAAUGCAUGUUACACAAGGCAAGAUGCAAAAUUAGUGUGUCACUUACUAAGUUGCGCUUGCGAUAUUCGAAUACAAUUCAGUUAAUCGAAUUACAAAUCUCACAGUAGAAAAGCCGUACUUGUUUGCGCAUGAUUCGUAAGUCGCUUCCGUGCUUCACGAGUUACGCAAGACGCCAAUUGCGGCGUAACUUACUAAAUUGUGCCCACAAGAUUUUUAAGGUGUGUGCAGUUUACUAAAUGUCACUUGUGAGAUAACGAAAUGCGUGCGACUUACUGCUUUCCUAAGAAGUAAGAUGCGGGUGCGAGUUACUAAGAAGCGCAAGCAAAAUACGUAAUGUUCACGUGCUACUUACUAAGUUGCACUUUUGAGAUUUUUAGGCACUAAAUUGUCCUUGCGAACCGCACGGAUGCGACUUACUAAAUUAUCUUUGUGACAUUCGUAAAAGUUACAAAAUUGUUUGCGCGCCACAUAAAAAACAAAAAAACACAGCUCCCUCGAUGAAGAAAUCCUGACUUGCGAAGAGUGGGCUCUGUGACUCCAUGGCGCCCCCCUGAGGAACAAAAGUGCUUUAGCAAAUUUCCCAAACCAGGAUGGAAGUGGACACACUUUGACGGAACUUUCCGCAGUCGAAAUGCGGCGUUACUGACGGGCGCUUGUGUCCUGGCUAUUUAUGCUUCUUUAGCAAAUUUCUAUUGAUGAUGUGAGAAUAUAAUAUUUUUGAGUCGAGAUGCUUGUUUGGUUGUUUUUUUUGUUUUGUUUUGUUUUGUUUUUUUGGGGGGGGGGGGGGGGGG